UGUGUUAAACCUGCUGCAACAUCCUGUCAGCGAAGAAGAAGAAGAAGAAGAAGAGGAGGCUACACGUGUUUACUGCGUCCAGGCAGAUAUAUCGAAUAAUUAUUGUAUUUCUGGAUCUAUAACCGGAAUCAAACCAAGUAAAAAUGCCGAAGAUCAGGUCGGAGAAGAAAAGCAGGCAGCACCAAGAGGUGAAAAACCAAGGGAUCAUGUUCAACACCGGCAUCGGUCAGCACAUCCUGAAGAAUCCACUGGUUGUCAAUGGGAUCAUUGAGAAGGCUGCCCUGAGGCCGACAGAUGUGGUUCUGGAGGUGGGACCUGGUACUGGUAACAUGACGGUGAAAUUGCUGGAAAAAGCCAAGAAGGUGGUGGCCUGUGAGUUGGACUGCAGACUAGUGGCUGAACUUCAGAAAAGAGUACAGUGCACACCCAUGCAGACCAAACUUCAAAUAUUAGUCGGUGACGUACUAAAAACGGAUCUGCCUUUCUUUGACGUGUGUGUGGCUAAUUUACCUUACCAGAUUUCGUCACCGUUUGUGUUCAAGCUCCUCCUGCAUCGACCUUUCUUCAGGUGUGCCGUGUUGAUGUUCCAGAGAGAGUUUGCCAUGCGACUUGUCGCCCCACCUGGAGACAAGCUGUACUGCAGACUGUCCAUCAACACACAACUACUGGCUCGUGUCGACCAUCUCAUGAAGGUGGGGAAGAAUAAUUUCCGUCCUCCUCCAAAAGUGGAGUCAAGUGUUGUCAGGAUAGAACCGAAAAAUCCUCCUCCUCCAGUUAACUUCCAGGAGUGGGAUGGCCUGGUCAGAAUAGCCUUUGUAAGAAAAAACAAAACCCUCAAUGCAUCUUUCAAGUCCACUGCCGUAGAACAGCUGCUGGAAAAGAACUACAGAAUCCACUGCUCUGUUCACAAUGUGGAAGUCCCAGAAGACUUCAGCAUCACCAAGAAGAUUGAGAGCGUUUUGCAGGAGGUUGAAUUCAGUGAGAAGAGAGCCAGGACCAUGGACAUUGAUGACUUCAUGGUGCUGCUUCAUGCCUUCAACUCUGCAGGGAUCCACUUCUCUUAAAUGGCAUUGGGAAGUGAGCAGAACAGGGCUAUACUCUCAUGGGGGGAGUUAGCGGUCACAUGAGAAAUACAUUUUCUGACUGAUCUUUUCUCUUCUGGAGCUUUGUUUGGAGGACCUGGAUUUCAAAUGCUGAAAUAGUUGGAUGAAAUGUACAAAGAAUAUUGGAGGAUACACUUGAAGAGCUCAUAUUGAGUGUGGUAUUUUAACCUUAUGAGUAUAGAUAAAGUGUCCUUGGGCACGCAUGGGCAGCUUUUGGCAGAUGGAAGCUGUAUAAGCCCUCUUGGUUGUGUGAGGACCUGUCAAGCCCUUUUCAGACCUGGCAUUAACAUGCGUCCUGAGUGAUCGGAUCACAAGUGGACAGCUUUAAGUACGUCUGUUCACACCUGGCAUUAGAAUGCGUCUCCACAUACGUCUUGAGUGAUCCGAUCUCACUUCCCCACUCUAUAUGCAAAUAGACACGUAGUAAACACAUGGCUAAUACAGCAGACGUUGUGACGUAAUAUUACAUGAAUAUCAGUAGAAUAUCCUACAUAUUCCUGAAUUCCGGUACACUACUAAAUACGGAUACUAAUAAGUGAUCCGUUUCAUUCUGAAAAGUCAGCUUUUUCAAAAACCAACAUGACUCAGUUCAAAAAAUAGUUUCACAACAAAACUCCUCAUCUCUCCUCUGACAUCAGAUGAUUUGCUGCCACUUACUCUUCGAAAUAUAAGGUUAUUGUACCGGCGGUCCUCGGGGACCUCCGUGUCGCCGGCCUUUGCCAGAAAAUAGCUUCAGAGAGCCGGGAAUGAGAGCGGGCGGGCGGGUGGGUGUCGGCUUCGUGCAGAGCAUCGGAACUCAGGACGCAUGUACCAGAUCUGAACAGGGCCUCCCCGUGUGUGAGUGUUUCUAACUCUUUUAAAAUAAUCUGUAAUGGAUGAUUAUUCUAAUGGAAAAAUAAUCUACAAUUUUUAUGUCAAAAUGACUUUCUUGUGGAAAAAGUAAAUAUUUAACAAAUGUAGAUUUUUGUGUGUGCAGUCUCCUUAAAAUAAAUUCAGAUUGUCCACAAGUCA